AUGGCUCAGGGCGUGAAGGAAGCCAGUCAUGCGGAGGUGGUCUUCAACGUGGUGCUGAGCGCCUUGAUCCUCAUCACGGGCAUCGAGCGCUUAAGGACACUUCGAAAUCAAGACGUUCUGCUGAAGUUCUGGGUCGGCAUCUCCAUCCAGAUCUUUGCGCUUUGCCAGGUCCUGGAAGCUCCUCUCCUUGGAUGGAUUCCCUACAAUAUCUUUGGGAACUGGAUCAGCCGGAUUUGGGGCAUCUUAUCAGUCUACUUCUAUGUGAAGUGGUUGCUCCAGAUCAAGAAGUGGAAUGAGGCUUAUGAGACGAAGAGUGACAAGACCGUGGCACGAAUCUUCCAUCCACUCAUGGCUCCUGCAAUGGGCUCUGUCGUGGUCAUGGAAGUCCUGACUUUUGUGAACUUCGUGGAAGUGCACUUCGAUCUCGUGUCCAGGUGUACAGCUGCGCAGAAUUUGUUCCUGGACUCGCAGUUGGUCUCCCUGGCCGUGAACAAUGUGGCCAAUAUUGCUCCUCUCUUCUAUUUGUUGGGCACCAUUGGCACCGUGCAGUUUGGAUUGCUGAUGUGGGUGCACAUGAAACACUUGGGCUUUGCAGGAUUGAAUCCAGUAAUGCUCGUUCCACUUCUUUGUCGAUGA